UGUUUAUCCUCCUCCUUUGCUCCCCCCCCUGCACAUAAAAACACCUAAAAAGCAAUCUUUUCUUCUCUUCAUCUCAUCAUCAUCACUCACCUUCUCUCUCACUCCUCCUCAGCCUCAAGGCCCUCAACCGCCGAGGAUAAUCAUUGAGGAAGGAAAACAAGCCAGAAAGGAGAAGAAGCAAAGCCGCUCAUAACAUAUAAACCAAGCGAGAUGGACACAACUGUUGAAUCUCCGUGGCCGGGAAAUUUCUCUAUUGAUCGGAAAAGGCUGAUCAACAGUCUCGUGCGAGGCCGUGAACUCACAACCCAACUUCAAACUAUCCUCUGCAAUCGCCUCGGACAUGAGGAUGGGUCCUUGUCCACCGAAGAUCUCCUCCCAAGAAUCUUACGAUCCUUCACCGAGGCUAUUUCUGCACUCAAGUCCGCUGACUCCGGAGAGGUCUGUCAGAACCCGUCGAGUACGAAUGUGAGUUCGCCCAGUUGUGAUGGCCCAAGGACGGAAGAUUCCGGCGAGAGCAGGAAGUCUCCAGCAGUCAAGGAUCGUAGAGGAGAUUAUAAGAGAAGAAAGGUUUCUGAGACAUGGACAAAGAUCACUCCCACUCCCAUUGACGACGGCCGUGCGUGGCGAAAAUACGGCCAAAAAGUGAUCCUCAAUUGCAAAUACCCAAGGAACUAUUAUAGGUGCACUCACAAAAACGACCAAGGAUGUGCAGCAACCAAACAAGUACAGCAAAUUGAAGAUGACCCACCAAAGUAUCGAACUAUAUACAAGGGCCAGCACACAUGCAAAGAUAUAUCAAAGCCCCCCCAAUUCAUCAUGGACUCUACCCAUACAGACUCCUCCUCCUUCGUUCUAAGCUUUCAGUCAGACUCAGACGCUCCAAUAACUAACCAGCAGCAGCUCCAGGAGCACCAUCCCUUCUUCUCUUCCUCUUUCCCCCCAAUAAUAAAACAGGAAUGCCAGGAAGAAAUCCCAAACCAUGAGAUGGAGGAGCUCACCCACAACCAGCAAUCUUCAUCACAAUAUUUUCUGCCAUCUGUCCCUACAUCAGCGUUGCCAUCCACACCCGGGUCUGAUCAUGGGGAUGUGAUUUCGGGCGUCUACUCGUGUAGCACCAGCUCUCACAGUCUGGACAUGAGCUUCGUCGGUGACUUUGAUGAUGUUUUCCAUUUUGAUGAUGAUGACUUUUUUCCGGUUUAAUUCGUUCGGUGCAUGUAAUUGUGUAAAGUGAAGUGAAACUUGGAAAUUUGGUUGUACGAUACCAUCACCAUCAUCAUGUAUUUCCCCUGUUACAUUACUUGUCUACUUCUUUCUCUGAUAUAAAAAUUGGACUGAGAUCCACUCUCAUCCCGAUCGAAUUCCCCUGUUGCA